CGGCCUUAAUUAAGAACAACUAUCCCAUGCGCCGCACGGAUGAGUUGUUUGACCAUCUGGCAGGCAACCGCUUCUUCACAAAGAUCGAUCUUUGUGGCGGUUAUCACCAGAUCUGCGUUGCUGCAGAGGAUCAACCGAAGACCACCUUCCGGUCGCACUUCGACCACUACGAGUUCACGGUGAUGCCAUUCGGCCUCACCAAUGCACCCGCCACCUUCCAUACGAUGAUGAACGACAUCUUCAGGGGCAUCCUUGAAGAAUACGUUCUCAUAUACCUGGACGAUAUCUUGGUCUACAGUCGUAUCUUAGAAGACCAUAUCAGACACAUCCGCGAUGUCCUGCAGCGCUUACGCAAGCAUGACUUUUAUGCCAAGCUUAGUAAGUGCCGCUUUGCCCAACGCAAAGUGAACUUCCUAGGACACCAUGUCUCUGACCAGGGUCUCCACAUGGACGACGAGAAGAUCACUCCUAUUGCAGAGUGUCCCGUCCCCACAUCUGCCAAGCAGCUUCGCAGUUUCCUAGGCCUCAUGAGCUACUAUAAGCACAAAGAGCAGGUUCUGGGGAGAGGGCAGGUACCAGGGCAAGCAAUCCCUAUCCUGCCCAUGAGGACGGCGCACGACCGUCGUGGCCUCGGAGUAGGUGCACUGAGGAACGAAUGGUCACAGAAGCCCACCACGUCUCCAGACAAGACAGCAUUCGUUCUAGUUAGUGCUUCCAAUAUUCCGACCUCCUUCAAUGUGGGGAUGGUUAAUCAGCCAACGCAGAUAUCUCAGUCCUCCGGUAGCAAAACAAGGACAACUGUUUGGAGACAAGUGGCUCAAAACGCUGCGUUAAAAGCCAAUCAUGCACAGGCAGGGGGGUCCAUCCUUGCCUCAGCUACGGUUGAAAAGGAGGUAAUAGAGAAAGUAUCAGAGUUAAAAAUCUCUAAUCAAACCAAGAACAAAGGGGAAAAGGAUGGAAUCCUUACAAAGCCAUUAGUGGAGCUGGUUGAAGCAGCAACUGCCCUUCCCCUGAACGAAGCAGUCACCCCCACCCCCAACAACCGUCACAUCACAGACACAAAGAACCCUCUCUCAAAGGGAGAAGAGAUCAAGGAGAAGGGAGAAGACAGCAAGGGGAUGGGAAGAAAGACGGCAGGCAAGGAAAGGGGACUUGAAAGUCUCCAGGCAGAACAAGGGAAGGAGGAAUUAGAAGAGGAUAUGGAUGAGGAUGAGGAGGAUGCUCGGUCGGAUGCCUCCUUCCAGGACUCAUCAAGCUCAUUUGAGGACGCCGUGGUGCCAAAAGAAAAAAGAGGGAGCAAAUAAAAUGAAGAGGAGGCCAAGGUAGGAACGGCCAAUGCAUCACACAAACAAAUUGGGAAGGAGGAAUUAGAAGAUGAUAGGGCUGAGGAUGAGGAGGAUGCUCGAUCAGAUGCCUCCUUCCACUCAUAUGACUCGUCCAUCUCAUUUGACGACGCCGCGGUGCCAAAAGAAAAAUUUAAAGAAGGAGAAAAGAAAAAGGAGAGGGGGCGAAGGUAGGAACGACCAAUGCAUCACACAAACAAAUUAAACCACCAGUA